GCCAAAGUAAGAAGCUUGCGCGCACGUUGUACAUACGUGAACGUACGGAACGCCGAGACGCGCUGUGAGAUCGCGCGAUCGCGGGGAAGGGUUGGUGCGGAUCCUCCGAGAAAUAACUGCAAAAGUAAAAGAAAACUUCGAAAACUCGCAUAAAUAAUAGGUUACAGAUAAAGAAAAAAAGAUAUCCUGAUCUAAAUAGGCGUCUUGAAGACAAAGUACUCUCGAGCAAAAAGUACAUAAACACGGGGGGAGAAGUCUGAGGAAGUGCGAGAAAGUUGCCCCUUGCUGUCCUAUACUUCCGCUACCGCUGCACUGAUGGGAGCUGCCGGCAGGAGCCGCAUGGCGGUCACCAUGUCCCUGGCAUUGCUAGUCGCCCUGCUGGUGCUGCAGAUGACGGCCGUGCUCGCUCGGGCGGACCCCGAGGAAGUGGGCGGCAACGUGGUGGAAGCGCUACGCCUGCUCGAGCAUCUCGACAAGUACUACUCGCAUGUCAACCGGCCCAGGUUCGGAAGAAGCGUUCCGGUCCGGUUCGCGGGCGGCUCGACGUCGUCUUCCUCUGAUGAGUACGAGAGAUAGCACAGGCAGGCGUCGUCGCCGAGGCACCGGAAACCCAGUCACGCCUUCCUUCAAGAACACCUGUGGUUACGUCACGUCCGGGCAGCGCCACAGCCGAGUUUCUGGGAGUUCCGAACAAGAAAAAAAAAAUCGAACGGAUGAAGAUACAAGCGCACCGCAACACCGCAACUCGUUGAAAAAGCAGCCCUCCUUGGUGACCUUCGUCCUCUUCUGUGCGCUGUGCUGGGCCCCCCUCUCGCGAUCACCGUACUGACGUGGAUCGUGUGUCACGAACUCCACCGCACGGCACGCGAGAAACGAAAUGAAAAAAGCCCUAGCUACCCAGCCCCACGGUUCUCGCCGCUCCGUUAAGGCAGCUAAUAGCUAUACCCGGGCAGAACCUACUCCUGAACGCCACGUCAUGUUCCUGCGUCUGAAAUAAAUGUUUUCCGUGCCGCCAUUU